AUGGAUUAUUGCCGCCGAGACCAGGAGACGGCAGAAGCCCACGCUGCCCGGCUGCUGGAGAUCUUGCAAAAGCGUGAUGCAGAGGAGGCGAUGGAGCCACUGACAGCAGCUGACUCUGACGUCAAGGACAGAGAGAACGGUGCCGGCCUGGAGCAAGUCGAAGCCAUGCUCGUUGCAGAGUCCGAGGAGAGACAGAACCCAAUGGUUCUGGAGCUGCUGAAGGAUCUGCAAAAAUGUGCAGUCUAUACAGACACACCGAAUCAUGAGACAAACCGCAAGCUUUGGGAUGCCUAUGCCCAGUCUUGGAGUUCGGACGUGGCGUGGGUGCAGCGCAUGUCAAGCCAUGUUUCCAGAGAAGCUGGUGCCUUGAAGUUCGUCGGAGAUGAGUGGUCUGAUGUUGAGUCCCUCGAUGCCGUGCUGAGCGAGUGGCUUUACCCCCACCUCGAAGAAGAGAAAAAGCACCUCAAGGUAGCUGAGGUUGGGAGCGGAGGCGGGCGCAUCGCCGCGAGGGUUGCUCCCAAAGUUGAACGGUUGGUGUGCUUUGACGUGAGUGAGGGCAUGCUGGCAUGUGCUAGGAGCAGAAUUGCCGGCGAACUUGGCCAUCGAAAUGUGGAGUUCCAGCUGGUUCAUGGCGGUGCACCUUACCCGGAGGAGUAUCAUACAUCUUUCGACUUUGUCUACUCCUUUGACGUCUUCGUCCACAUGGACCUGCACCAGAUGAGGCAAACCCUGCAUUGUAUCAGGGCCAUAUUGCGGCCAGGAGGCUUUUGUUUCAUCUCGUUCGCUAAUUUACUGGCACCUGACGGUUGGCAACGAUUUGCCAAGCAACAGAAAUACAGUGCCAGUGCAGAGCUUUCCGGCCACGACAAGGCCCCGGAUGAAAGCGCGAGGCAGGAAGCGCUGCAAGCGCACUUGAGAUGGCUGGAAGAGAGCCGUGCGAAGCUGCAGGAGAAGCUGAAGGCUCACACAGAGCAAGAGUUGGCUGAGAAGGAACCCACCAUGGAGGAUGGUCCCCCUGACAUAAGACCCGUAUACAUUUAA